AUGGAGCAAGAGAAGGCAGUGAUUAUAGUCGGGGCUGGCCCGUCCGGCCUCGCCAUGGCCGGAUGUCUAAGCCGGCUUGCAAUCCCAUACAUAGUCUUGGAAAGAGAGGACUGUUAUGCUUCCCUGUUUAAAAAGUAUUCAUAUGACCGUCUCCACCUCCACCUUCAAAAGCAGUUCUGUGAGCUUCCCCACAUGCCAUUUCCACCUUCUUGUCCCACCUACGUGCCCAAGAAUCAGUUUAUCCAAUACUUGGACGACUAUGUGUCCCGUUUCAAGAUUAGUCCCAUCCUGUACCACAGAAAUGUUGAGUCUGCAAACUAUGAUGAAGCUUCUGAGAGAUGGGUUGUGAAGGCGGUGACUAAAAGUAAAACUGGUGGCUCUGGUGAGAUGGAGGAGUAUUUUGGGAGGUUUUUGGUGGUGGCUACAGGGGAAGCAACCAACCCAUAUACACCAGAGGUUCAAGGUUUGAACACUUUUGCUGGGGAUGUUCUUCACUCAACUCAGUUCAAAUCUGGGGAGGGGUUCAAAAACAAGAACGUUUUGGUUGUUGGAUCUGGGAAUUCCGGCAUGGAAAUUGCUCUAGACCUAGCAAACCAUGGUGCAAAGACUUCCAUCAUCGUUCGAAGCCCGGUCCAUGUUUUGUCAAGGGGGAUGGUUUACUUGGCCCUGGUUUUGUUGAAACAUUUUUCGCUAGACAUGGUGGACUCUUUGAUGGUUUUGCUUAGCAAGCUGGUCUUUGGAGACUUAACCAAGUAUGGGAUAGAGAGGCCAACAGAGGGUCCCUUUUAUAUGAAGGUCAAGUACGGCAAGUAUCCAGCCAUUGAUGUUGGAACCUAUAAGAAGAUCAAGUCCAGUGAGAUUCAGGUGUUGCCAGCAGAAAUCAGCAGCAUAAGAGGCAGCGAUGUUGAAUUGAAAAACGGCAAGUCGUACCAAUUUGAUGCAAUUGUUUUCUGCACCGGGUUCAAGAGAUCAACGAACUUGUGGCUCAAGGGGGAUGAUUAUCUUUUAAAAGAUGAUGGACUUCCAAGACAAAGUUUCCCCAACCAUUGGAAGGGAAAGAACGGUUUAUAUUGUGUGGGAUUAUCAAGAAGAGGAAUAUAUGGGUCUAGUGAGGAUGCUCAAAACAUAGCAAAUGAUAUCAAGUCAUUUCUAUAG